CGUUGCUAUCUUGUAAUUCAUCAAAGAAUACACACUGGUGAAAAGCUCCAUCUGUGCACUACAUGUGGGAAGGCCUUUAGUCAAAUGUCUACUCUCAAGACACAUCAGAGGAUCCAUACUGGGGAAAAGCCCCAUCAGUGCAGUACAUGUGGGAAGGCCUUUAGGCAAUUGUCUACUCUCAAGGGACACCUGAAGAUCCAUACUGGGGAAAAGCCACAUCAGUGCAGUAUAUGUGGGAAGGCCUUUAGUAAAAUGUUUCAUCUCAAGACACAUCAGAGGAUCCAUACUGGGGAAAAGCCACACCGGUGCAGUACAUGUGGGAAGGCUUUUAGUCGCAUGUCUAAUCUCAAGACACACCAGAGGAUCCAUACUGGGGAAAAGCCACAUCAGUGUUCUCAGUGUAGAAAGACCUAUAGUCAGAUGUCUACUCUCAAGAGACACCAGAAGAUCCAUACUGGGGAAAAGCCACACCAGUGCAGUACAUGUGGAAAGGCCUUUAGUAAAAUGUCUGCUCUCAAGACACACCAGAGGAUCCAUACUGGGGAAAAGCCACACCACUGCAGUACAUGUGGGAAGGCCUUUAGUCAAUUGUCUAAUCUCAAGACACACCAGAAGAUCCAUACUGGGGAAAAGCCCCAUCAAUGCAGUACAUGUGGGAAGGCCUUUAGUAAAAUGUUUCAUCUCAAGACACACCAGAGGAUCCAUACUGGGGAAAAGCCACAUCAGUGCAGUACAUGUGGGAAGGCUUUUAGUCACAAGUCUCAUCUCAAGUUACACCAGAGGAUCCAUACUGGGGAAAAGCCCCAUCAGUGCAGUACAUGUGGGAAGGCUUUUAGUCACAUGUCUCAUCUCAAGACACACAAGAUGAUCCAUACUGGGGAAAAGCCCCAUCAGUGCAGUACAUGUGGGAAGGCUUUUAGUCACAAGUCUCAUCUCAAGUUACACCAGAGGAUCCAUACUGGGGAAAAGCCCCAUCAGUGCAGUACAUGUGGGAAGGCCUUUAAUCAAUUGUUUGAUCUCAAGAAACACCAGAAAGUCCAUACUGGGGAAAAGCCGUAUCAGUGUUCUCAGUGUGGAAAGGCCUUUAGCCGAAUAUCUGUUCUCAAGAAGCAUCAGAUGAUCCAUUCCAAUGAUGUGCUGCCCUGAUAAUACAUGAUGGAGUAUCUCUUAC